AGAUUUUUUUAAAUAAAACGAACGGUCAAACACAAUGUAAGUUAAAAACGUCAUCUUUUUUAAAAUGUACGGAGUACACAAUUAAUUAAAUAGCAUAUCUAUUGGAACCUACCUUUUGUGAAAUAGAAAACAAAUUGCGCAUCUAAACAGAAAACCCCAACAACAAACAAACAUAAUAUCCCAAAAAGAAGCGAUCCUCUCACUUGACGCGUGCACUGCUAUAGAUGUGCGUACAUUUUUUCUUCUACCUUUUCUUGCUCGGGUCUUCUUCCUUAGGGGCCCUAGCCGGCCAGACCCGCCACCGCACACCUCGACCGCCACCCAAGCCACCGGCGACCUCACCAUCCACCUACCGCCUCCGUCGAACGAACCCGUCGUCAUUCCCUAAUCCCAAUCCGAGAGUGUUCAUCGGUGCCUCGUCCCCGCUGCUGGCACCACACAUAUAAUUAUCUCUUCGCUCGCUCAUCGACAACGUCGUCGCACCUAGGCCCCUCCUAAGCCACCCGCCGUCCAUGGAUGGUCACAAAAUCUGAAACCCUAUCUGCCGUCUCGUCCAUAUCGCCCUGGCCACGAAGACCUCUCGCUGGCUAGCUGUUCUGCCAGCCUCGCCCCCUUCCUCAGUUCUGGCCACAGGUUCGUCGUAUUCACCACUUCAGUUAGCUGUCCACGCACGCCCAAUAUAUAGUGAUUAAAACAGGAAAUAAAAAGAGAAAGACAUUACACAGCUUUCACUGAUCUUCUCACUGUGCGCCAAGGUGUCGUGAAACUCUCUCCAACGCCCUUCACGCGCAGCUCUUUUUCCCUUCUCCUUGAGCAGAAAUGUUCCCUCUGUGGCACUACUAUAGUAGAAAUCCAAUAUUAGCAAAUGGCACUAAGCACCUCAUGGUCAUGGGACGGGAAAGAUCAUCAAAUGUUACAUAAAUUCAGAACAAGCUAGCAUAUCCAGCGAUUUAAAAUGAGGCAGUCGCCAUGACGAGCAUUUGUUGGCACGAUCAAUUUUGCAUGCCAGGUGGUCAAAACUCAAUAAUGAGUGCCAAUAGUAUUGAUCGCACCCUGCUUGUUUUGGCUGAUAAACUAUGACAGAAAGUAUUGUUUGCUGAUUUAUUAUGAGAGAUAAACACUGAGGGAACAAGCACAGUUCUAACUAACUGUGCAGUACAGUGCAUGAUCAUCUUAUGGCUCGGCUUUCAAGGUUGCUGAGAUGUGAGAUUGAUGCCUAAUUGGCAUGCCAAGUUCCAAAUAUGACCAACCUUCUUUCAGGAGUGGAGUUCUACUUGUUUUCUGUGCUAAAGCCGAAACUCUGGGAGUCUUGGUCACGUGGGUCACGCCCAGGCAAAAUAAUUGAAGCAAAAUGCAACAAGCCAAAAUAGGGGACAUAGUCACAUAAUCAUACUCGUCUAAAAAAAUCACAUAAUCAUACUCCUAUUGCUUGCACUUGCACGGCACUACAUAACCACAGCAGGCUAAUAUUAUUAUAUUGUACUCUCUCCGUUUUAUAAAUAAACACAAUUCGUCUAGAUGAGUCUAGAUAUGUGUAGUGUCCAGAUUUAUUGUUAAAAUUAUAUUUUUUGGAUCGAGGGAGUACUUCCUCGUUCUACGGUAGUACCAAUUAACAAUUCUUAGAAAAUACGGGCCACAUGACAUGACCAGCUAACGACAACCCCAGGCCCACUUGCCAGCGGGUUGUACUGUGCAGAGGGCAGCAUGCAGCACGUGUAUGACUCAGCUCUUAUCCCAACGCCAGUCCACCCCAUCGUUUUCUCGCCACUUCGCCACGUUUACACGCUCUCGAGCCGCAGAAUCCCAGACAUACGCGCGCGCACCAAAUAGUCCCAGCACCAGCAGAGCUUCACUCCUCUUCUAUCCCUCCCACUGAAACCAUGGUGUCCAAGAACCCGCCGUUCUCAGCUAUGCCCAGCGCCGGCUGUGACAACGCGACAGCGGAGGGGGCCGCCCUGCUGCUGCCGGAGCACGCCGGGGACGUCGUCGACGCCCCGCGCGGGGGCGGCUCCGCUUCGGUUCUUGGCGCGGUGUUCAACGUGUCGACGAGCGUGGUGGGCGCCGGGAUCAUGUCGAUCCCGGCGGCCAUGCGCGUGCUGGGCGUGGCGCCGGCGCUGGCGCUGAUCGCCGGCGUCGCCGUCCUUGCCAACGCCGCCGUCGACUUCAUGCUCCGGUACACCCGCGGCGCGCCGUCGUACGCUGCCCUGAUGGACGACGCGUUCGGCCGCGCCGGUGCCAAGCUGCUCAACGCGUUCAUCGCCUUCAACGGCUUCGGCACACUCACCGUCUACCUCAACAUCAUCGGGGACGUGAUGUCGGGCGCGGCGACCGGCGGGGUGGAGGCGCACUCGGGGGUGCUGCAGGAGUGGUUCGGAAGCCAUUGGUGGACCAGCCGGGAGGUGGUGCUGGUGGCAGCCGCGGCGAUUCUCCUGCCUCUCGUGCUCCGGAAGCGUGUCGAUUCGCUGAGGUUCACGUCGGCCAUCUCCAUCCUACUGGCGGUGGUGUUCAUGCUCAUCAGCUUGGGGAUCGCGCUAUACGCGCUCUUCAAGGGCACCGCGACCAUGCCGCGGAUGCUCCCGGACUUCUCCAGGCUCUCCUCGCCGUUCGAGCUCUUCACCGCCGUCCCCGUCAUCGUCGUCGCCUUCACCUUCCACUUCAACGUGCACCCGAUCCGCGCGGAGCUGAGCAAGACGUCGGACAUGAAGACGGCCGUGCGCAUCUCCCUCGUGCUCUGCGCCGCCAUCUACGCCGCCGUGGGAUUCUUCGGGUACCUCCUGUUCGGGGACGCCACCAUGGCCGACGUGCUCGCCAACUUCGACCGCAGCUCCGGGGCCGGCGUCCCGCAGGCGCUCAACGACGCGGCGCGCCUCAGCUACGCGCUGCACCUCGUGCUCGUGUUCCCGCUCCUCCUCUUCUCGCUCCGGGUCAACGUCGACGAGCUCCUCUUCCCGGGCCGCCGGCCGCUCGCCGCCGACACGCGCCGGUUCGUGUCCCUGACGGUCGUGCUCAUGGCGGUGCUCUACGCGCUGGCAAUCGCCAUCCCCAGCAUCUGGACGCUCUUCGAGUACUCCGGGUCCACGUUCGCGGUCACCAUCUCGUUGAUCUUCCCUGGCGCCAUAGUUCUCAGGGAUGUUCAUGGAAUAGCGAAGCGCAAGGACAAGGCAUUGGCGGCAACGAUGAUCGUUCUGGCAGUGGUCACCAGCAGCAUCGCCAUUGCCUCGAACAUCAUGAGCUCCAUCAGUGACAAAGUCAGAGGAGGUGAUGUAUCUAGCAGAUGAUGGCUCAGAUCAGAUCAAAAUGCUGUUAUUGUUUGCAGGCCAACCGCUUCACGAUUGUUGCUCGUGUCAUGCUCAUGCGUUCCUCUUGGGUAUUCCUUCGGUAUUUCUUCCUUGCAGCGAGAUUUGCUUCGACCCAUGAGACGCAAGUUUAGCCUGUGCCCCUCUCAUGUUGUAGAUGUUUGUGAGGAGAUACGUAGGUAGAUGGCUGUGAGGAAAAUUACCAGGUGGCCAAUGUUGUAUACUUGUAUUGGUGAUACAUUACUGUGUAAAAUAGAAAUCAAUGAGCUUUUCUUUUUCUGGGUUGCAUAUAAUUCCAGGCCGCUUGUUAACCGUCUCCCUUGUAUGCACCUGUCUUGUAACUUACUACCGUGAGUAAAGGCACCUUGUCGAUGAACAAA